AUGAAGAAUCAAAACCGAACUCCAGCCGAUGUUGCAGCCCAGGCGCCUUCUCCGGCCAACGACGUGGAAAAGCAAGCCGAGGCGAAUACGUCAGACUCGCCGCAACAAAAGCAAUCCGCCUUCAAAAACCUCGGCCUAUUAGACCGUUUUUUCGCUGUUUGGAUAUUCCUCGCUAUGGCUAUCGGGAUCAUCUUGGGUAAUUUUGUUCCCAGUACUGGACCUGCGUUGCAAAGGGGGGAGUUUGUGGGAGUUUCAGUUCCUAUCGCUAUCGGUCAACUUGUCAUGAUGUACCCCAUACUCUGCAAAGUGAGGUAUGAGAGCUUGCAUCAUGUUUUUAAAACCCGUCAGAUAUGGAUUCAGAUUGCUUUCAGUGUCGUUGUUAAUUGGAUUAUUGCUCCAUUUUUCAUGUUGGCAUUAGCCUGGGCUUUCCUCCCGGACGAGCCAGAACUACGCCAGGGACUUAUUCUUGUUGGACUAGCACGGUGCAUUGCCAUGGUUCUAAUCUGGACUGGCCUUACAUACGGAAAAAGAGGGGCAUCCAGGCUUCCCAGCUCCGUUCAGAUCUAA